AUGGCGGCAAAGUUAAUUCUGACGGCUUUCAUAGCUGCACUUGGAGUCAAUGGAAGCCCGUGUAAGCCGAAUUCUUCGGCGUCUUUAUCACCAGACUUCACUUCUCAUGCUGUUCCUACGACAACCACCGACGACGACGUAAGUAAUGGAUCUGGGUUUCCAACUCAAAGUUUCGUUUACGAAUUCACUUCCACUACCUUGGCUUCAACUCUGGCAACAGAUGAGACAACAUCUGUGACCCUUGAGGCAUCUUCCUCAGACAAGUCCUCUCUAGAGACUUUAGCAUCUGAGACAACAUGGGAUGGAUCAUCGGCUACCACAAUUCCAACCUCUUUUACGACGACCGAAUCGAUUGUCGAUGAAUCAACUACCUUAGACAGCGCAGUUGUGACAUCAUGGUCGUCCGACUCAACAACUUCCUCCAUUACAAGCACAACCACCACAGCAGAAGCACAAAUUCCCAUUGGCCUCUAUAAUGGCGGGUUCGAAGAUGAUCCGUCUCCUGAUGCACUCCCUUGGGUCAUAGGUAGAAGCGUCACGAUUCCAAACGACCCUGGAAAUGCUCGUUCAGGCAACCGUUACGCUCUUGUCAAAUUCCCCAUCACGGGUACCGGUCGUCCCAUAUAUCCUUUGCAGCAAACCAUUACCGGUCUCGACACCACGAAAACUUAUAUGUUGACUAUUCAUUGGGCCUUUACAGACUUUGGUACAUUGUCAAACACGGCAUGCGAAUUCUGGACUUAUUUCGGCCCACUCAUUGAAUACUACAGAUUCAAUGCUGCUGGCAUGCCAACCAACGAAUACUCCAGACGACAAUACCUGUCGAGGGUAUCCGACAGCGUCCGUAUGAUAUUAUACUGGCGCUGUACAAACUCAGUUCCGACCUCUCCAUGGGUUGGUGCCGAGAUACGUAUCGACGAUGUUGCUCUUGUCGAGUAUGAUCCCCCAUGCACUCUUGUAAAGUCACCUCCUCAGGGUCUCACUUGCGGACAAAUUGGGACAUUCCCGACUUCCGCGAAUUCCUACCUUAUUGGCUCUGAAAUCCCGUUGGGCCCUUUCGAGAAUUGUGUCCAGAUGUGUGCUGAAAACCCUGACUGCAAGACUAUCACUGGGGCUUGGGCCAAUGGAGAUGUGAUUGGGCGUAAUGCACGCUGCAAGCUCUACUCCAGGACACCCGAGGAGCUCGGCUUCACUGCUUCAACGGGUGGCCCGGGUGUUUUUCAGCCAGAUUGCUUUGAGUGUCGACCUUCGGAGUAG